AUGAGAAGCGGAGAGGAAGACAAGGAGGAAGAUGAAGGGGGAGAUGAGGAAGAUGGGGAGGCUGAUGGGGAUGAAGAAGAUAAAAAGGAGGAAAAAGUUGAAUUAGCCGUCCAGAAGCAACAAAGCUCACCCUGGGCUCCGUGGUUCUUCUGUAGAGCGACUAAAGAGGUGCACUAUUAUGUCGGGCAGGAGAUCGUGAUCACGGAAGGUCUUGACUCCUAUGCAGGCAUGAUAUGGCCGGGGGCUCUGGCUCUCUGUCACUACCUGGACACUCAUCGUGAACAGUUGAGUCUUGUGGACAAGGCAGUCCUGGAGAUUGGGGCAGGAACUGGCCUCGUAUCUAUUGUAGCAGCGUUCCUUGGUGGCUGGGUGACAGCCACAGAUCUUCCAGUGGUCCUGAACAACCUGAGGGUCAACCUGUCCAGGAACACCAGGGGCCUCUGCAGACACACACCCCAGGUGGCAGCUCUCACCUGGGGCUACGACCUGGAGAGCACCUACCCUACAUCUGUAUACCGCUACGAUUACGUGAUGGCAGCCGAUGUGGUCUACCAUCACGACUUCCUGGAAGAGCUCCUGUUCACCAUGAAGCAUUUCUGCAAACCAGGAACGACUUUGAUCUGGGCCAACAAGGUCCGGUUUGAGUCUGAUCUGACAUUCAUGGAGAACUUUAAAAAGGCUUUUCACACAAACCUGCUGCUUGAAGAUGGAGAGAUGAAGAUCUUCAUGGCAACAUGUAGAGAAGAAGAAGGAGAAGGUGAUGUGGGGCUGGAAGAUCUGCUGAGAGAGGAGGAGGAAGGAAAGACGGAGGAGGCCGAGGCUGAGGAUGAGGAUGGGGAUGUAGAUGAGGAUGAUGAUGAUAAUGACGAUGACGGUGAGAAGAGCAAAGAAACGCUUGUGGAGGAACAAUUUGUCGAUGAAGGAAAGAUUAAAGGAAACAAAAAUGAUAACGAUGUAACAGGGGAACCUCACAUGUCAGAGCCUGAAAGAGGGGAUGAUAAGGAAGAAACAAACAAGCAUGAGUCUGAUGAAGAGAUGGAGGAGGUAAUGGUCCUCAAAGAUGACGACUGUAAAGAGGAUGAGAAGGAUAAACCAGAUGAUUCAAGUAGUAGCACCACACCCAGUAAAGCAGAGGUUACAGGUGAGUAA